UUGCCUAGCAGUAGCAGCGAUGUCUCAACUGUACUACCGGAGGACAGACAACUCCUCCUACAGGGACCGGAUCCCUCUGAGGAUUGUCAGGGCCGAGUCUGAACUGUCUGGCCUGGAAAGGAACUACCUGGGAGCAGUGGAGAAAGGAGACUAUGCCUCAGUCAAACAGGCUCUAGAGGAGGCAGAGAUAUACUUCCGGAUCAACAUCAACUGUAUAGACCCUUUGGGCCGCACAGCUCUGCUGAUCGCUAUAGAGAAUGAGAACCUGGAGAUUAUAGAGCUGCUGCUCACCUAUAACGUGUACGUUGGUGAUGCUCUCCUACACGCCAUCCGUAAAGAGGUGGUGGGGGCCGUGGAACUGCUGCUCAACCACAAGAAGCCCAGCGGGGAGAAACAGGUUCCUCCCAUCCUAUUGGACAAGCAGUUCUCUGACUUCACUCCUGACAUCACACCCAUCAUCCUAGCAGCUCACACCAACAACUAUGAGAUCAUCAAACUGCUGGUGCAGAAGGGGGUGUCUGUGCCCCAGCCACAUGAGGUGCGCUGUAACUGCAUGGAGUGUGUGUCCAGCUCUGAUGUGGAUAGUCUUCGUCACUCCCGCUCACGUCUCAACAUCUACAAGGCCCUGGCCAGCCCAUCACUCAUAGCCCUCUCCAGUGAAGACCCUUUCCUCACAGCCUUCCAGCUCUCCUGGGAACUGCAGGAACUCAGCAAGGUGGAGAAUGAGUUUAUGUCGGAGUAUGAAGAGUUAUCUCAGCAGUGUAAACAGUUUGCCAAGGACCUGUUGGACCAAACCAGAAGUUCCAGAGAACUAGAGCUGAUCCUGAACUACAGAGAUGACAUCAACCCUCUACUGGAUGAGAACACCAACGAUCUGGCCAGACUCAAACUGGCUAUCAAAUACACACAGAAAGAGUUUGUAGCCCAGCCUAACUGUCAGCAGCUGCUUGCGUCCCGUUGGUACGAUGAGUUCCCUGGGUGGAGGCGUCGUCACUGGGCAGGGAAGUUCCUAACCUGUGUCUUCAUCGGCCUCCUCUUCCCCCUCUUCUCCCUCUGCUACCUGGUCUCUCCUAAGAGCCGCUAUGGACACUUCAUCAGGCAACCCUUCAUCAAGUUUAUCUGCCACACAACGUCAUAUCUCACCUUCCUGUUCCUACUGCUGCUGGCCUCCCAGCACAUCGUCUCUACAGACCCCAACAGACAGGGGCCGACUCCUACUGUGGUGGAAUGGAUGAUACUGCCCUGGGUACUGGGCUUCAUCUGGACAGAGAUUAAACAGAUGUGGGAUGGAGGGUUCCAGGACUACAUCCAUGACUGGUGGAACCUCAUGGACUUUGUUAUGAACUCUUUGUACCUGGCUACCAUUUCUCUGAAGAUUGUUGCCUAUGUCAAGUACAGUGGCUUCAGGGCCAGGAACGAAUGGCAGAUGUGGCAUCCUACCUUGGUAGCAGAGGCUGUGUUUGCCAUCGCUAACAUCUUCAGCUCCCUCCGCCUCAUCUCUCUGUUUACAGCUAACUCCCACCUGGGACCUCUACAGAUCUCUCUGGGCAGGAUGCUGCUGGACAUCCUUAAGUUCCUGUUUAUCUACUGCUUGGUGCUCCUGGCCUUCGCUAACGGACUCAACCAGCUCUACUUCUACUACGAAACAGACGAGGGACUGAAGGGAUGCAAGGGCAUCCGCUGCGAAACACAGAACAACGCUUUUUCAACGUUGUUUGAGACACUCCAGUCUUUGUUCUGGUCUGUCUUUGGGUUGAUCAGUUUGUAUGUGACCAACGUGGAGGCAGACCACCAGUUCACAGAGUUUGUAGGGGCCACCAUGUUCGGAACCUAUAAUGUCAUAUCUCUGGUGGUUCUACUCAACAUGCUGAUCGCCAUGAUGAACAACUCAUACCAACACAUCGCUGAUCAUGCAGACAUUGAGUGGAAGUUUGCAAGAACCAAGUUGUGGAUGAGUUACUUUGAAGAGGGAGGGACUCUACCUUCUCCAUUCAACAUCAUCCCGAGCCCCAAGUCAAUCUGGUACUUAAUCUGCUGGAUCAGGAAACACAUCUUCAAGAUCACCAGGCCCAAGAAAACAGAAACAUUUGGAACUAUAGGGAGACGGGCUGCUAUAAAUGUAAGAAUAAACCACCAGUAUCAGGAGGUUUUGAGGAACCUGGUGAAGAGAUAUGUAGCAGCCAUGAUCAGAGAUGCCAAGACAGAGGAAGGUCUGACUGAGGAAAACUUUAAGGAGCUGAAGCAGGACAUCUCCAGCUUUAGGUAUGAGGUCCUGGGGAUGAUGAAGGGGAAGGUGGGGCCUGGGGGUGGGGGCGUGGCUAUAGCAGGAAGUAAACCCAGUGAAGUGGCAGGGGCCUCCAGUCUGGUCUACCCUGACCACUCCUUCAAGUACUCCCCCAAGUUCCCCCCGGCCACGCUUAAGACCAACAUGUUUCACGUCACCACAUCCAUGCUCCAGCAGAGGGCAGCCCCCUCCUCCACAUCCUCGUCCACAUCCCCUUCCACCUCUCAGGGCUUGAACCGACUGGUCAACGGCUCUGUGGUACCCUCUUGGACCUCCACUGACACCUCCUCCAUCCCCACCUCCUCCACUUCCAUCUCCUCUCCCUCCUCCACUCCCUCCAUCAAAGACGGACUGGCCAGGAAAGACAUCUGUGACUUUGGGCUCUACUCUGUGUCUGAGGAGAUGGGGGAGGCUGACCUGGAGGAGCUGGACUGUGAUGGAGAGAAGGAGGAGCAGGGUGGAGCGAGGGAGAGGACGUGUACAGAGAAGGAAGACAACGAAGAGAGGGGAGAGUGAAGAGAGAAGGGUUCAUGUUAGAACACACUGUUGAGGAUGAGACUGCUAUGUAGAAGGACUAUAGAGUGAAUACUGUUCAAAAGACCACAAGCGAUUUGAAUGUAUCAUUAUGAUACGUCUUCAUGGAGACCUGUGUAGUAACUUGUCUUGCGACUCCAGAACCAAUUCAGCUCUCAGACUAAUAUAUUCUGGUCUAGAACGUAUAAGCCGGAGACCUGGAGACUAGAAGUCUGUUUCUUGGUUUGUGUACCAAAUAGCACUCUAUUCUCUAUAUAGUGUACUACAUUUUACCAGGGGACAUAGGGCUCUGGAACCAGGGGACAUAGGGCUCUGGAACCAGGGAACAUAGGGCUCUGGAACCAGGGGACAUAGGGCUCUGGAACCAGGGGACAUAGGGCUCUGGAACCAGGGGACAUAGGGCUCUAGAACCAGGCGACAUAGGGUUCUGGAACCAGGGGACUUAGGGCUCUGGAACCAGGGGACAUAGGGUUCUAGAACCAGGGGACAUAGGGUUCUGGAACCAGGGGACAUAGGGUGUCAUAUGGAACAAGCAUAUAAGACGUCAUUCUCCGACCAGGAUUUCUGGAAAACCUGGGAAUUUGGGGAAAGUUACCUGAGUUUUGUAACCCUAGACGUGAUAAAUCUAUCAGUAUUUUAUUAACAAGCCCUGUCUCUGCUGCUUCCUCCAGUCAGCCCCCUGCUAUUUCACAACGAUCCCUUGUCAUAAUGCAUAACGGAAAACACUAAUGAUUCUUACAGGUAGAUCUGUACAAUGUCACACCUUAGCGAAUUAUUCAAAACUAGUUUGAACCCUAUUUUCUAUAUAGUGCACUACUUUUGACCAAGUCAAAUGUAUUUAUUGUGUUGGAGGUUUCAUGAUGCUUGUAUCUAAACGAAAGUAGAUAAUUGUAUGAUUGUUCUAUACAUCAUUUGAGGUUAAGUGUAUCCUUGUAGCUGUGUGGGCUAAUAAUCCAAAUGUUUGCCUUGGGGUAAUUUGAGCCAAUUUACCACAGGGUAUGUUGAGCCAAUGACCACGGGGUAUGUUGAGCCAAUUACCACGGGUAUGUUGAGCCAAUGACCAUGGGGUAUGUUGAGCCAAUGACCAUGGGGUAAUUGAGCCAAUGACCAUGGGGUAUGUUGAGCCAAUGACCAUGGGGUAUGUUGAGCCAAUGACCAUGGGGUAUGUUGAGCCAAUGACCAUGGGGUA